ACAGCGCGCCUGCGCAGUGUCAGAGGCUCCGGCUGUGUGGUUCCCGCCAAUUCUUGUGGUAACCCUGCAGACGUUGAGUCCCGCGCUCCAUGGAGACGUUUGACCCAGCCGAGCUGCCUGAGCUGCUUAAGCUUUACUACCGGAGGCUUUUUCCCUACGCCCAGUACUAUCGUUGGCUCAACUAUGGCGGAGUAAUAAAGAAUUACUUUCAACACCGUGAAUUUUCAUUCACAUUGAAAGAUGAUAUUUACAUUCGCUACCAAUCCUUCAACAACCAGAGUGAUCUGGAAAAGGAGAUGCAGAAAAUGAAUCCAUACAAGAUUGAUAUAGGCGCGGUAUAUUCCCACAGACCCAAUCAACACAAUACAGUAAAGCUGGGAGCUUUCCAGGCUCAGGAAAAAGAACUGGUGUUUGACAUUGACAUGACAGACUAUGAUGAUGUGAGGAGAUGUUGUAGUUCUGCAGACAUAUGUUCUAAGUGCUGGACCCUCAUGACGAUGGCCAUACACAUAAUCGACCGAGCACUGAAGGAGGACUUUGGAUUUAAGCAUCGUCUCUGGGUCUAUUCUGGAAGGAGAGGUGUUCAUUGUUGGGUCUGUGAUGAAUCGGUUAGAAAAUUGUCCUCUGCAGUACGUUCCGGGAUAGUUGAGUAUUUGAGUCUUGUAAAGGGUGGUCAAGACGUUAAAAAGAAAGUCCACCUAAGUGAAAAAAUUCACCCUUUUGUCAGCAAAUCUAUAAACAUAAUAAAAAAAUACUUUGAAGAAUAUGCCUUAGUUGAUCAAGAUAUUCUUGAAAAUAAAGAAAGCUGGGAUAAGAUUUUAGCCCUUGUUCCUGAAACAAUUCAUGAGAAACUUCAGCAAAACUUCCAGAAGUAUCACAAUUCACUUCAGCGUUGGGAAUAUUUGAAGAAAGCCAUCAGCUGGCAGGAUAAUACUAAAAAUGACAAAUGUGGACCCUUGCUUGAAUGGGAGAUCAUGCUCCAGUACUGUUUUCCACGGCUGGAUAUCAAUGUUAGCAAAGGAAUCAAUCAUUUACUGAAGAGCCCUUUUAGUGUUCAUCCUAAAACAGGUCGUAUUUCUGUGCCUAUUGAUUUACAGAAAGUGGACCAGUUUGAUCCAUUUACUGUUCCAACCAUAAGCUCCAUCUGCCAUGAAUUGGAUGCCAUUUCCAUUAAUGAUGAGGGAAAGGAGGGAAACGAAGCUGAAUCUGAUAUCAAACAUAGAACCAGAGAUUAUAAGAAGACCAGUCUAGCUCCUUAUAUAAAAGUUUUUGAACAGUUUCUUGAAAACCUGGAUAAAUCCCGAAAAGGAGAACUUCUCAAGAAGAGUGAUUUACAGAAAGACUUUUAAAGAUAACAGCUCUCCUCAAACCAAUGUAGAUGUCUUCUAGCUUCAAGAAUCAAAUACUUCAGGUGCCUGGGUGGCUCAAUCGGUUGGGUGUCUGCCUUCGGCUCAGGUCAUGAUCCCAGGGUCCUGAGAUCGAGUCCCGCAGUAAGCUCCCUGCUGAGCAGGGAGUCGGCUUCUCCCUCUCCC